UUCGUUACAGGUUUGCCAAAUAUGACGUUAGUUCAUGUUUCCUGGUGUGAGCGUAGCCUAUAAUAAACGUGAAUAGGUUUGAGUACUCCCUCAUUGUGGAAGCGAGUCAGGGACCAGACACACAUCGACCAUGCUGCAGCUGAAAUGGGUAUUCUCCGUUAUAUAUCUUCUCUCGCGGUGCUCUGUGCGUGAGGCUUAUGUGAUCAGGCGUUCCGGCAAGGCCGAAUCAUCAGAUGAGUCUUUUUCGGGAUUUCUCUCUGACCACCCUUUUAACAGCCUGUCAGGUUCCUGCAAAAACAGGUGCUUUGAACUAGUGGAAAGUGAACCCCCGAACUGUCGCUGUGACAACCUGUGUAAAACAUACAAUACUUGUUGCUCAGACUUUGAUGAGCAUUGCCUGAAAACAGCGGGGGGCUUUGAGUGCGGUAAAGAGCGAUGUGGUGAAACUCGUAAUGAACAGCAUGCCUGUCACUGCUCAGAAGACUGCAUGACCAAAGGAGACUGCUGUACCAACUACAGGUCUCUCUGCAAAGGUGAUGCUCCCUGGUUGCAGGGAGAGUGUGAAGAAAUUAAAAGUCACGAGUGUCCAGCUGGGUUUGUUCGGCCACCUGUCAUCAUGCUAUCUGUUGAUGGCUUUCGUGCGUCUUACAUGAAAAGAGGACGCAUGGUGAUCCCCAAUAUCGAGAAACUCAGGUCAUGUGGAACUCAUGCACCAUACAUGAGACCUGUGUACCCCACCAAAACCUACCCAAAUUUGUAUACAAUUACAACAGGGCUUUAUCCUGAGUCUCAUGGAAUUGUUGGUAACUCCAUGCAUGAUCCUGGCUUUGAUGCCAACUUUAACAUUCGUGGGAAAGAAAAGCUCAACCAUCGUUGGUGGGGAGGACAACCUAUCUGGAUAACAGCAGUGAAACAAGGAAUAAAGGCUGGUACAUUUUUCUGGCCAGUUGGGAUUCCAUUGGAAAGGAGAGUUCUGACCAUGUUGCGGUGGCUUCACCUUCGGGAUACAGAGAGGCCAUAUGUUUAUGCAAUGCAUUCUGAACAGUUGGAUUCCUAUGGCCACAAACUAGGACCCCACAGCACUGAGAUUGACAGUGCACUGAAGGACAUUGAUAAGGUGAUUGGUCAGCUAAUGAAUGGCCUGAAACAGAUGAAACUGCACCGUUGUGUCAAUAUCAUCUUGGUUGGAGACCAUGGCAUGGAGGAAGCUCAUUGUGACCGGACAGAAUUCCUGAGCUCAUACAUGUACAACACUGAGGACAUCAUCCUAAUUCCUGGGUCUCUGGGAAGAAUCAGAGCCCGAAAUCCAAACAACUCAAAAUAUGAUUCAAAAGCAAUUGUAGCAAACCUCACGUGUAAAAAGCCAGACCAGCACUUCAAACCAUACUUGAAGCAACAUCUUCCCAAACGUUUGCACUAUGCCAACAACCACAGAAUUGAGGAAGUUCACUUGAUGGUUGAGAGGAAAUGGCACAUAGCACGGAAGUUCUAUGAAUCAAAAAGGAAUCCAGGGAAAUGUGGGUUUGCUGGUGAUCACGGAUAUGACAAUAAAAUCAACAGCAUGCAGACCAUUUUCCUUGGGUAUGGACCAUCUUUCAAAUUCAAGACAAAAAUUCCACCGUUUGAGAAUAUUGAGCUUUAUAAUGUCAUGUGUGAUCUCCUUGACUUGAAGCCUGCUCCUAAUAAUGGUACUCAUGGUAGCCUUAACCAGCUCUUGAGGGCCCCUGUACACAUACCCAGCAUGCCUGAAGAAGUGUCCAAGCCAAACCCUGCAGGACCAAUCACAUCUCUUAACGUUGACCUGGGCUGCACCUGUGAAGACAAGUUGCGUUCAAAAAGUAGGGGGCAGAGGGCAUUGAAAGUGACCCUAGUAAGAGGCUAUAACCUGGAGUCACUGUGGCUCUGUCUGUUACAGAACAAAGUGGAAGAGCUCAAUCAACGACUGAGACAAGUUAUUGAUGACAACAAAAAUCUUCCUUACGGUCGGCCGGCAGUCAUGAUCCGCACCAAAUACUACAUCCUUCAUCAUAGUGACUACAUUAGUGGUUACAGUGAAGCUUUGUCCAUGCCUCUCUGGACAUCUUAUACUGUAUCUAAGCAGGUAGAUUUCACCCCUCUGACUGAGGCUCUGAGCAACUGUGUUCGCCCUGAUAUUAGAGUUCCUUCAGUCUACAGUCAGUCCUGCUCAAACUACCGUGCAGAUAAACAGAUCUCCUACAGCUUCCUCUAUCCACCUCAGUUGUCCUCCUCUCCAGAAGUGAGAUAUGAUGCUGUACUCAUUACCAACACUGUACCAAUGUAUCCAGCAUUCAAACGUGUGUGGGGUUAUUUUCAGAAAUCACUUGUUAGACGUUAUGCUAGUGAGAGAAAUGGAGUGAAUGUGGUUGUUGGUCCCAUCUUUGACUAUGACUACAAUGGCCUUAGGGAUUCAGCAGAGACAAUAAAACAGUAUAUCAGUGGCUCUGUUCAAAUUCCAAGUCAUUUCUACAUUGUGAUUACAAGUUGUCUGGAUUACACACAGACUGUUGACUCCUGUACUGGUCCUCUCAGUGUGUUUUCUUUCAUCCUUCCACACCGACCAGAUAAUGAUGAAAGCUGUAAUAGUUCAGAGGAUGAGACAAAAUGGGUUGAGGAACUGAUGAAGAUACACACGGCACGUAUAAGAGACGUGGAGUUACUUACAGGACUGGACUUUUAUCGACGCACCAGCAGGACCUAUGAGGAGAUACUCUCUUUAAAAACAUACUUACACACAUAUGAGAGUGAGAUCUAAACCACUGCAUCCUUGUAUUAGCAUUUUCUUCAUCUUAACUGUUGGGAUGCAGAAUGAAGUGUAUAUUUUCAUACAAACUUUCAUAUUUAUUGUUCUUUCAUUGCUAAUCCUUAACUGAUUCUUUAAACAUUCUCCUCCUUUAUUACAGUGAUUUAUACGCAUGAGCAUUUUUUAUACUAUACUACUAUAAAUAUUUUGACCUGUGAUGUUUGAUGUGUUGUAUGUAACAGAAUUUAAAAGAUCUCUGUACUGUAAAAUGUAACCAGACUUGUUCUCUUGUGACAUCUGUGAGUUGUUUUGUUUGUUUAUUAUAUCAUUAAACAGUUUGCACAAA